AUGUUGUGGUUCAUCAUGACACUACUCAAUCAACAAUUACAUGGUACUAAUGGUCAGACAGAAAUGUGUCGUUCGCUAUUAGAUUAUGGUUCCCAGUCUCACUUCAUAUCAUCAGCAUUGUCAAAAAGUCUACAUUUUAAACGCCAGAAGCAUAAUGUAAUCAUAGAUGAUAUAUCUAACACUACAAAAAGUGUGCGGGAGAUAACAAUAUUUGAAAUCUCAUCUUGUACAUCAAAACAAUACAAAUUAAAUACUCUGAUUACACCUAAAAGUACAAUAAACAUGCCUACAAAUAAAAUAGAUAUCUCUGAAUGGAAACAUAUAAAUAAUCUACCCUUAGACCACCCAACAUUCUAUAAGCCAUGUAAGAUUGGUCUGUUAAUUGGUGCUGAGUUGUUCUUUAGGCUGCUAUAG